CAUUUUGAUAUUGAAACCGGGAGUUUUGGAGGUGUGCAGCUAGUAAAAUCAACUCAACCCUGACUUUAGUUAUUAUCAGCUCUGUUUUUUCAUACGCAUCAAAGAUUAACACGAUGGUCUCUGUAAAACGGCAGAGAGAACUUGACUUUGAAGACGAUGAAGCUACAGUGCCUGUGAAAGUAGGCCGUUCAUCUGAGGAUCGCAGAAGUCGCCACUGUCCCUACCUCGACACAAUCAAUAGGAGUGUGCUGGACUUUGAUUUUGAGAAGCUGUGCUCCAUCUCGCUCUCCCACAUCAACGUCUAUGCUUGUCUCAUCUGUGGGAAAUACUUCCAAGGUAGAGGUCUGAAGUCCCAUGCCUAUACUCACAGUGUGCAGUUCACCCACCAUGUGUUCCUCAAUCUGCACACACUUAAGUUCUACUGUCUGCCAGAUAACUACGAGAUCAUUGACUCAUCGCUGGAAGACAUCACGUAUGUACUGAAGCCCACAUUCACCAGACAGCACAUCUCUGGAUUGGACAAGCAGGGCAAGCUGUAUCGAGCCUAUGAUGGCACCACCUAUCUGCCUGGUAUCGUAGGGCUCAACAACAUCAAGGCUAAUGACUACGCUAAUGUGGUGCUGCAGGCCCUUUCCAAUGUGCCCCCACUGCGGAACUACUUUCUGGAAGAGGAGAAUUACUGCGGCAUCCGUAGGCCACCUGGUGACAUCAUGUUCCUGCUGGUGCAGCGAUUCGGUGAGCUGAUGCGCAAGCUGUGGAACCCCCGGAACUUCAAGGCCCACGUGUCACCCCACGAGAUGUUGCAGGCUGUAGUGCUGUGUAGCAAGAAGAACUUCCAGAUCACCAAGCAAGGGGAUGCUGUGGACUUUCUGUCCUGGUUCAUGAAUGCUCUGCAUGGUGCACUGGGAGGAACCAAGAAGAAACCUUCAAGCCUCACCAAAGUGUUCCAAGGUUCCAUGCGUAUAUUCUCCAAGAAGCUUCCUCACCCAGAUUUGCCACCAGAAGAGAAGGUGGCUCUGCUUUUGAAGGAGGAGUACCAGGAGGAGAUGUCGGAGUCCACCUUCCUCUUCCUGACCCUUGACCUUCCCACAGCCCCACUGUACAAGGAUGAGAAGGAGCAGCUCAUCAUCCCACAGGUCCCCCUCUUCAACAUCCUGGCCAAGUUUAACGGCAACACAGAGAAGGAGUAUAAAACCUACAAAGAGAAUUUCCUCAAAAGGUUCCAGUUGCUCAAGCUGCCUCCCUAUCUCAUCUUCUGCAUAAAGAGGUUCACCAAGAACAACUUCUUUGUGGAGAAGAACCCCACCAUCGUCAACUUUCCCAUCACGAACGUAGACCUUCGUGAGUACCUGACAGAAGAGGCACAGGUCACAGAGAAGAACACCACCUAUGACCUGGUGGCCAACGUGGUGCAUGAUGGGAAGCCCACUGAGGGGGCAUACAGAAUGCAUGUCCUGCAUCAUGGCACUGGGAAGUGGUAUGAGCUCCAGGACUUGCAGGUGACAGAUAUCCUGCCCCAGAUGAUCACACUGUCGGAGGCUUACAUUCAGAUUUGGAAAAGAAGAGAGAACGAAGAUGACACAACUAACCACACAGGGGCGUGAAUAAGGCAUUGAAAGAUUGAUUGUUCAGGAGAGAAUGUCAUAUGCCGGCCAGUAGUCAGACGAGCCCCAAAAAGCCACUAGAGUGGAACUGGACACUGUUCAAGAUGACCUCAGGGUAAGCCCCCACCACAUGAGGACCAGGACUUUUUAUUGGUGGAUUUUGGAUAGAGAAAACAAUGUCUACUAUUUUUUGUUCUUCAACUUUUAACUGUAAAUGGUGGAAUAAACCAGCUUUGAAAUGUC